AUGAAGAAUGGGUUUUAUCAUGAAAAUUCAAGAGCUCUACUGUUUAAAAAGUAUUCAAUCUAUCAAGUACGUUAUCCGACCAUUGAUCAAGUGUUCUACUCAACAAUUCAAAAGUGUUAGUUUGUAAGAGUCAUCAGAAAUAAUGUCAUCCUAUUGGCUUCUGACACUAGAUUGUGGAUAGCAAAAAAUAAUGAAUAUUACUUUGUCGAUGGCUAGAUCUUAGAUAUCGAGGUUGAAAAUGGUUUCAUAUUAGUAACUACUUCAAAAAAAGUUGUGAUUCUCUAUUAUGAUUAUACCCUCAAAGACACUGGCACAGUCAUUGAUUCACGUCUCUUAAACAGUCUACUAGACACAUACAACAACUAUUCAAUCAUCUAAACCAAGUAUGCUUUGAACGAUCUCCUCCUAUUGGAUUCAACCAAAGGAGUAAUUGCACUAAGAGUCAAAUCCAUAAAUGUAUUCGAGUUCGAUUCCAUCUACUCAAGUCCAUUAGAAGCCAAUUACUACUCCUUUUCAGUACUCAAAGAUCUCAAUUCUUACAUCUUAGCCAUAUCUUUUAAUACAAACUAAUUGAUCGUAUAUAAUCGGCACUAAAUCGAUCUACAAUAAUGGUCUAUUCAAGAUCAAGCUCUCCAGAAAACUAGGAUGGAAUUCAUUGGAGAAUUUGGCAGAUAGCAAUUCCUCUGCCUGUUUAAUUCAACUUCUCUUUUGAUACAUCAAAUCAAUCCUUCCUAUAUAAUCAAGACUAUCACCUUCGAAAGUCCCAUGAUCGUUACAUUCAAUGCUUACAAGAGUGAGAUCUAUUUGGUUCAAGAAACCCAACAACAAUCCUUUUUUAUUUCCACUGGAUUGCUUAUCAUGAAACUCAAUAAUCAAGCCAAUUAUGAAUUAUAAAGUUUAUUAUUAAUCGCAACUGAAUUAAAUCAAUGUGCAGUAACCAUCAAUUAUGUCAUUUACAAUUAUUUGGAUAACAAACUGUAUAAGAAGAACAAUCUAUAACAUCAAAUCAAACAACUAAUAAAUUACCCAACUGAUCCUUAAGUACCUAUUUUUUAAGAAAUAGGAGUCUCUGGAUCGAACAUCAAGGCUCAAAUUGAACUCCAGGACGAGAGCAUUUCUUUGAAGCUUGGAUACAUGGAGGAUGUCAAAAUCAAAGGAAUUGUCUGGUCAGAUCUAAAUGAUCAACCCAAUGAUUCGGUCUAUGUUGACAUCUGCGAAGUAGACCAAUAUGUUUACUACUUGGUCCAAUCCAAAACACUCAAAGCCACCUUAUAUCAAUGUUCUAUCAGUAAUCCAUACAAUGAAUUGAACUGCUAAAAAGUUCAUUAGUUUUAUCCCAAUAGAAUUCUGAGCAAGGAUUCCUUUCAAUGGAUCCAUGACAAUUAUGUCAUCUUUGGUUACAUCUCAAAGUUCCAACACACUUUGGAACUUUACAAAUUGAGUCAAUCCAUUGUCUAAGAUAUGUUCACUGUAGCUACAAGUCUAAAGGAUGAGUAAUCUGAAAUAACGUCAUUUACGUUAUCCAAAACUCAUGUAUUUGUUGUUUAAUCAAGAAAAUAAUAAAUAGAUAUCAUAUCAAUAGUCUCUCAACAAGUAAUUGAUACCAUAACAACAUUUGAUGUGCCCUCUUAUCAUUUCAAUCCUAAGACUGUUUAAAUCCAAUCGAAUCUGUUGAUCAUUACUGGCAAUCAGAAUAUCAUAAUUGGCUAUUUUUUUAAUUCCUUCAGAUUAUUGGAUUGCAUAACAUUCUCAGAUAGUGAGUCCCUCGCAGUUGGAGUAACUAAUUAUUCAUUCUUUGUUGCUAUAGAUUACGGUUACAAACAAGAAAUUAGAGAAUAUAGUACAAGGAUGUGGAAAAUUAAUCUACUAAAAAUCAUACCUUUAUUUCAUUACAUUUUACACAAUCCUUUUCAGAUACUCUCUCAAAUGAAUUUAGUUCUUCUUAAAGCCUACACUCCAGUAUUGUAAUAAACUGUGUUAUUAAUCUAUCAGCCUGAAGUUGAGUUGAGAGAGUGCCUAGUUACUAGUGCUCCUUUGGGUUGGUAUGCAGAAAAUGAAUUGAACUUGGGAGUCACAGCCUUUCAUUAAUCUGGACUAUUGAUCCACGCAGGAUCUUAGAAGUAUUUUAAGAAUUUCUUUGUGGCUAAGGACUUUUAGGCUGUAAUAACUUCUAAAUAUGAUUCAAAUUACAUUCACAGAAAGGAACUGAAUAUAUCCUAUCUUACAAUAGAUUCUCCCGGGGUCAUUGAGUAAGUGUAAAAUGUAACGUUUCUUAAUUUGAUGACUAAUAUUGAGGCUGUUUAAAUUCGUGGUGAAUUGUAUUUGGAAUCUAAGAUAGUACAAAUACCAAAUGAUUGGUUUAAGGGGUUGGUGAUUGAUUUUAAAAUAGAAUGCUAACAAUGCAAUGAUUAAAUAAUACUGACACCGAAGGUUCAUUAGAUUUCAAAUGUUCACCAUUAUGAGGAUAUAUUAGGUUAUUGUUAAUUAAACGAGACUCUCUAAGUGAUUCUUACAGAUACCAGUCUCAUUUUUGUAGAUCAUCAGCAUUAUGUGAAACAUCAGCGUUUCUUCUUUGAUUUUGAAAAUUCAUAUACUCCAUAGAACAUCUGGUGCAGAGACACUAUCAUACUAAUAACAGGGAGUGCUGAUGUAUUUUGGACUUCGUUCAUAGCAAUGGUGAUUAGGGAGGGAGAUUCCUUUAGGUUGGUGGAUUAGCCAGUGGUUAUUAAAAUAUUUAAAAAGAUAUUGUAACUUGAGAUUCUAGAACAUUUCAAUUUUAUUCUUUUAUAAGCAAAUGAUGAGGAUGACCAAUCAAAUUUAUGCACAUGGCAUAUAAAUUACGCUUCUCCCAAUUUCCUGAGUUUCUCCAAGAUGUCAUGCAUUGAUAAGUCAAAACAUCCAAACUUUUUGGUGAGGAGCUUUAUCACCUAUUCAUUUGGAAACUUGGUAAGAGUGUUUAUGAAUGAAUUAAAUUUUGGGAUCUAUGUGUAAGAUUUCCAAUACUAAAACGAUUUCAUAAGGUCUUUGAUUAUUCUUAAUGAUGUGAUUAGAAUAUCUCCCAAGAGCAAUCUGGAAGCUUUGUUGGGCGAGAAAAUAAACGAAGGGAUUACGUAUCAUAAAAUUUUAAAGUGUGGAGACGAGGCGAAUAAGAAUUACUAAAUUUUCAAUGUGAUUCUGUUGACGAGAGAAAUUGCUCAUUUAAUGAUGAUUGUUUAGUUUGAAGAUGAAUUAUUUAAGGAAAUCAUAAUAACCAGAUUGAUUCAGAGGUAUUCAGACUUUAAAUUGAUGUUUCAAUCCUCAGUUGCUAAAGAUUACUUAGCACUGGCUUACAAGAAAGAAUCCACUCAUUAGUACUCCAUUUGCUUAUACAAAUUAGAUACUAAGUCUGAUAUCAUCUUGUAAUUUGGAGGAAUUGAGAUCGUAGAAUCCCAUAACUAAUUCUUCUCCCUUCUCUAUGAUGAGAAUGACCAACUAUUACUUCAAUUGUAAUUAUCCAACAAAAAUUUGUCCCUGUAUAAAGUUGAAGAAUUUGCAACACUCACUUUCUUAGAAGAAGCUCACGAAUAACAAUUGGUGUUGACAGCUAGCAAUCUAGUUUCGUCAGCCAGCAUGAUUGUCCAAGCGUACGAAAUUGUACAGACAUCUUCAAUGACGUAAGAAUUUAUGCUAUGUAUUAGGUACUGGAUCUUACUUAUACUUUUACUUCUCGCAAUUACGAUUCUGUCUUUAAUGUUUUUUGUUAUUUAUUGGAAAAACCGGUAGAAGAAAUAGAGAAAGAAAAUGUCACUACAACAAUAAUCAUUAAUACUUAAAUGA